AAAAGUAAAUGUCAAAAAUCUAAAGUAUUUAAAAUAUUCAACAACUAUCAAUCAAUAGAUUACAAUUUUGCACAGUUAUUGGUUGAAACACAUUAGUUGCGACAAUGUCUAAUAUUAAUAUUUGUCUUUCUUUGUUAAUAAUUUAUUUAACAUUACAAAAAGUUAAAGCAAAACCUGCAGAAGAAAUUUCCUAUUUAGAAAAAAUUAUAAAUUUUCAAUAUGAAAAUGAUCAAUGGAUUUGUGGUGAUAUUAAGUGUCCAGAGAAUACUUUCGGCUGUAAAAUAAGACUACGUAGUGAUGAGAAAAAUAAAAAAGUCUUUUACCAAAGUUUUAGCUGUUUUGAUGAAGAUAAAAUGAAUACAUAUGCGGCUGGAGAUAUAAUUGAAAUGGCAAAGGAAAAAGAAAUCGAUAUAGAACUGGAGUCCUAUAAGGGAGCAGAAUCGGUUUAUAUGCUCGGUUAUGGCAUGGGAGGUAAUGAAAGUGCUAAAGGUGUGGUAGCUGUAGAGGAUUUGAGUGAACUAAAGGAAUCUGCUAAGAUAAAUAGAAAAGCUGUUGGCAAUCCACCAGCUUAAAUUAUUAUAAUUAAUAUUGAACAAAAUUUUAAUGAUAUGUCAAUUAUUUAAAUUAUUUGCUUUAAUUAUAAUUAAGGCAAAAAUAGAUAAACAUUUAAUAAAUUAAAUGUGUUAUAUCUAAGUGCAAUUGAAAAUUAA